GACCUUCCACUUCAGAAAACAACUUCUAAAGCACAGCUCUCACAGGUUUUCUUUGGCAUCUUCAGUUCACUGCGGGGUCUCAGAAUGUAAAGUAGGCCGCGAGUGGAAGCCUCCCAGCGUGCGUGUGUGCGUGUUUGUAGGUGGUAUGUGUGUAGAAACAGGUGGAGCUCAGAGGAGCCUCUUCCUGUCAGCAAACACAACUCCAGCAUCAAACAUCACACAGUGACACAUGUGAUCUGUGACCUUAUGCCACGACAUCCGUGAACAUCAGCAGCUCUGAGUCCAUCAUCAUCAUGAUAAAGAAGAGAACAUUGACUGUCCUGCUGUCCAUCACACCUCUCACAGAGGCAUCUUCGACGUUCUUAUAUGACCCCAGAUACUGUUACAUUCUCGAUGGUCUUCUACUCAUCUACGGCAUCCUCAUCACCGCUUUCUUUGUGCGCGAGCGGUUCAAGAAAAAGACAGUUAAACCAGAGGAAUCGCCGUACCAGACCAUCAAUAAGAGCGGCCGAGAAGUGUACGAUGUCAGAAACCAAAGACAGGCUGAAGAAGCUCGUGGGGGUCGCAAGAGAGGAGAAGAUGCAUACAUGCCUCUGCAGAAGAAAACAGACGACACGUAUCGUGAGAUUGAAGUCAAACCUGAUCGACACCGGCGGGGUGAUCAGGUGUAUCAGGGUCUGAGCUCAGGGACGAGGGACACGUAUGAUGCUCUGCACAUGCAGUCUCUUGCUGCAGCCCGUUAAACUCAGUUUUUCUACAAUCCCUUUGUACAAUCCAUACAGUCCACUGUCUCUCACAUCUUCAACUGUACAUGUUGUUUUGUUUUCUAAUAACUGAUAUUAAGUGUUAUUUUCAUUAGUCCUUGUUCUACAAUGAUGUAUACAUUUUCAUAGUGAGCACACAAACACACACACAAACAUAUCAAAAUAUAUUUAUAUACCACACACACAAGUAAACUAGGUUUUAGAAGAAUUCAAAAUGAUAACUCAAUAAUGUAAUACAUCAUUCCUACCCGUAAUUAAUUCUGUAAAACAACAAACGCUGUCUUAAUUGCUUUCAUUAUAGUAAAAAUAAUUGCGUUUGUCAUGAACUACAUGACCAAAAAUCUUCUGGAUGUUUUUGAUACAUAUAAAUACGUAACACACACAGUUUCAUAAUCAGAUUAAUAUAUUAUUUCAAUUUAUUAUAGCCCAACAACAGUCAAGCCAAAGAUGAGUUUAUUUAUCACAAUUUCAGGAUCCAAGUGUUUUUAAGUCAGAUUUCAACACUGUGUUAUUUCUUUAUGAAACAUUAUUGGCACACACACACACAUACGCGCGCUCUGUGUGCCAAUAAUGUUUCAUAAAGAAAAUACACAGUGUUGAAAUCGUUCAUUUAUUUCAAAGCUGUCUGACAAAAUGUUUCAUAAUUUUACUGUGUUUUCUGUAGCAUAAUUCUGCUUUAGUCUUUCAAACUGAGAAUGUUUCAAAUCUGUGGUGGUUAAAUUGUUUGUUUGAGGUUUUAGAAUGUUAUACAAAUAAAAUAGAUUUUCUUAUGUCA